GCUCCGCCGGACACCCGCGGGAAGGCGAAGGGUGCGGAGCGGCCUCCCGCCCUCCUUGCGCCGCAACCACUCCCCGUAAAGAAAGUCACCAGGGGGUGGGGAAAUGGUAACAGCUCCAGGAAGCCGCCGGCGGCACCGAGAGACACCGAGGGAAGGCAGCCCGCGGGGUGGCAGCUGCCAGCCCGCACCCGCCGCCAUGAGCUCCCCGCAGCGGCCGCCGCUCGCUCACGUCUUCAAGGGGACCUUCGUGCACUCCAGCGCCUCCGCCCCCAUGGAGAUCCUGCGCGGACACCUUCUGGGGGUGGACGAUAACGGGACAAUUGUGUUUGUGGAACAAGCUGAUCAGCUAGAGCAACUGGCUAAGACGUGGGGGUUCAAAACAUCUGACAUAAGACAACUGAGUAAACAUGAAUUCUUCAUGCCAGGAUUGGUUGAUACACAUAUUCAUGCUCCUCAGUAUUCAUUUACUGGUACAAGAGUAGACCUGCCUCUUUUGCAGUGGUUGACUGCAUACACAUUCCCAACAGAAGCCAAAUACCAGGACAGUGGUUUUGCAGAAGAAGUGUACACCAGAGUUGUUAGACGAACUCUAAAGAAUGGCACGACUACAGCUUGCUACUUUGCAACAAUUCACACAGACAGUUCCCUUCUUCUUGCUGAAAUUAUAGAUAAAUUUGGUCAACGAGCAUUGGUUGGAAAAGUCUGCAUGGAUGUGAAUGACAGUGUUCCAGAAUACAAAGAGAUUACUGCUGACUCUAUCCAAGAGACAGAAAGGUUUGUUAGAGAACUACUGGAAAAGAAAUAUCCCAGAGUACAGCCUAUCAUAACCCCCCGCUUUGGCCCCUCUUGCACAGAGGACUUGCUGAAUGCCCUUGGGGAUUUAGCACAAACCCACGAUCUCCACGUGCAGAGUCACAUAAGUGAGACUAAGGAAGAAAUCAAACUUGUGGAGGACAUGUUUCCUGCCUACCAGAAUUACACUGAACUGUAUGAUAAAAACAAGCUGCUAACCAGCAAGACUGUGAUGGCACAUGCCUGUCAUCUUUCUGACGAAGAGCUGAAACUUUUUAGUCUUCGUGGAGCUGCAAUUUCACAUUGUCCCAAUUCUAACUUUUCGAUGUGCAGUGGUGUCUUAAAUGUGCAAAAGGUUCUCGAACACAAUGUGAAGCUUGGUCUUGGGACAGAUGUUGCAGGUGGAUAUUCGGCUUCUAUGCUUGAUGCUAUAAGGAAAACAAUGGUGGCAUCUAAUAGCCUUCAGAUCAAUAAAGUGAAUGAAACAGGACUAACUCUUAAAGAAGCUUUUCAGCUAGCCACUCUGGGAGGAAGCCAAGCUCUAGGACUGGGUGAUGUGAUUGGAAACUUUGAGGUGGGAAAAGAAUUUGAUGCACUGUUAAUCAACACGAAGGCUUCAGAUAGCCCUUUUGACUUGUUCUCUGCUGAUGAUUUUGAGGACACUCUCCAGAAGUUCCUGUAUCUAGGUGAUGAUCGGAAUAUUUCUGAAGUGUAUGUGGCUGGAAAGCAAGUGGUUCCUUUUUCAAGCUCUGUAUAAAUCAGUUUUCUGUUUGCAAAAUACUCUGCUGAUCAUUCUGCAUCUGAUUUGGAAAAGAUUGAUUAAGCACAGUGCCUGAUCAUCAAGAAUGACACCUCACUUUUGGAUAAUGUUAAAAACUUGCAUACAUUGAAAAUUUCGUUAGACCUUUCAAGAAUUACUAUACCAAAAUUUUCAUGGUUCUAGAGGGAAUGGAUAUUUAAAUUUCUUUGUAAAAAUAGCAUUUGUGCAUUGAUUGGGGAUUUGAUAAAUAACUUAUUUAUAGAGGGCACAUGUGGCUCUGUUUAAUAAUAGUAUAGGAAGCAUUAUGUGGUACAAUGAGAUGCUCAUUUUCUAUAGGAAUUUAAAAAAAACAAAAACCCAUUGCUUGUAAAUUGAUUUUGCAGGUAAUGAAUAUCGUGGAAGAAUGCAAUUUCCAUAAUAUUAUUAUCAAGUACGGAAAAAUCAGUGUCCUUUUGGAGAAUGUAGUUUUCAGUUUUUCCUAUGAGCUUAAAAAAUCUUAAUUUAAAACAUUAUUUUUUAUGAAGAGUUAAGUUAGAAGUCUGUGUUUAUAAAUAAAUAAGGGUCAUUACUUAAUAGUUUAGGAUUGUCAUUUGUAGUCAGACACUCCAUUGAAUUACCUUGAUCUGAGUGAUGGCUGAAUUAAACUUCUUUUAAAUUAGAAGCAGGCACUAAGAUAUUUCUACAGGCUACAUGAAGGCAAACAAAUUAAGAGGUAUUUCUGGACUGGAGGGAGUGCUUCAUUAAGUUGAGAAUCCUGCAGAAUCUUCCCAAACUCAUUUGCUCCCGACCAUUCAGACAGGAUGAUAUGAUGAUGUCCCUUCUCCUUUCUGUAAGGGAAGUGAGUGCAUUUAAAAAUUUCCAAGAGAAAUGGUCUCUUUCUGGCCAUUACCACCUUUGACUUGAGGUGAAAAUCAUCACUGAAAAAAGCAGCUCAGCUUAUUGUGCUCUUUGUGUAUUUCAAUGUGGCAGCCAUAAUUCCAGCCCUGUAGAAUUCCAGGAUUCCAGGUAAAAAAAUAUGCCUUUUUGUUGUGGAAAUCUGUGUGACUUUCUUUCCUAAAAUGGCAUAUUUCCCUGCUUUUGAUUUCUUCUUGUUGCUCUAUUAUGUUUGUGCAACAUAAAGAAUGUCCGCUUUAAUUUCAGGGUCAUUAAUGACCAAUAUUGUAUUUAGAUACUGUAAACAUGUAUUGAAUAUGGGUUUAAGGCUUAAUUCAAGCUUCUUUGAUUUUACUAAGCCUUGUUUCGCACUUUUAUCUCACUGCCUGGGGAUAUAGGACUUACCUCUGUUUACAAAGCAAGGGAGGUCACUGCACCAAAGUUUCACUACACGUCUACUUCAGAGAGAGUGCUUGUCCAACGCCACUCAUAAUGUUCUGAUUUUAAAAGAAUUAUCAGAGCUUAUGUAUUGUUAUGAUUCUGCCUACAUGAGACAGCAUAGCGUCAAGGGGAAGUGUAACAGCUAAUUUGGGCACUAUAGCAGUACAGUCUGUUCAAUGUGGUUUCCUUGCCGAAGCUGAGGGGCUGUACCAAACAGCAGGGAAUAAGCAGGAGGUGUCUCGCAGGCAUCACCUGGGUGCAGCCGCUCAGCCAGAGCUGGCUCAGGCAUCCUCCUGGCUGCUGCACCGUGCCGCUGCGCGCCGAGGUACAGCCUUCCUACCCGUUAUGUUCCAAGACUUCUAAGGCUUUAGGAGUCAAGAUCUAAGGAUUAAGAUUUACACAUUCCAUCAGGGUGUUUUCUCAACCAUUAUGUUUUGCAUGUGUCCCAGUCACCUACCCAGUAGCACACUUGUUCAGCAAAUAACAACCUUCAUCUCUUUAACUUGCUUUCUUGAUUCAGGGACAUCUAUUCUCAUGAAUUUUGACAUGAAUUUAAUUGACCAAAUUUCACAUUUCAAAACCAAAGAACUGUGAGACACAUGUUUUAAUCCUCCCAGUUACUGUUUGAAACUAUUUUUAGGGAAUUACAUGGUUUCCAGCUUUGGCUUUCCUGUGAUGAAGAAAGAUCACAUAGGCUUGUGUACAAUGUAUGCUAGUGCCCUACUUCUUUGUCUCCAGAGCUAUGAAUUAAAUCAAUGCUUUUAUUUUAGUGGUAGCCUUAACUGUCUCUGACUUAAUUGUUUUCCCAUUAUUUUGUGGUGUUUUUAAGAAAGGGAUUCAGCAUUUUUAAAAUACUUUUAGGGGGUGGACAGGUUGCUUAUUUGCAAUAUGAGAACACACUAAAACUUUAACAAGUUCAGGACUGCACUGCUGGGCCAAUUACAAAGGGACUCAAGAAUAACUGCUGCCAGUGAGCUUUGUAUCUGAAUUUGUACUGGGUCAUGAAUAGUUUGACUCUUGUUAAAUUCAGGGACAAGGUAGGAACUCCUCUUUUGAUUAUAGCUUUUCUAAUGUCUAGUAUCCAGACAUUACCCAGACAUAGCAAUGGAAAAUCAUCUUUUUAAGAAUCUCAGCUGGAGGAUGAAUUCUGCCUGCAGGUAGUGCCAUGGGCUACCUGCAGCACUCUGCAAUGCCCAGGACAGGAGGAAUGAAGCCCAAGAUGGAUAGCAUUACAUUAAAUGCUGAGGUGUUUAGGGGUAAAGGAAAGAAGCCUGAAUUUGAUGUUUGAGGAGGCCAGUGGAGGAGUUAAUAUAAAAAUAAACUGAGGGUCUUUUUACAACAACAUUUAAAUAGAUCUGAAUGGAGAAAAAAUGUGCUGCCAGAAGAGCUAAGUGGGAUCAUUGAAGGCAGUCCCAAAAGUUUGUUCAGUGGAAGAUGGCUUAUGCACAAACAUUUAUAGGUUUUAGGUCAUACAAAGAAUGUAAUAGUCAGAAUUCUCAGAAGUAAUUUAGGGAAAAUUACUCACUAAAGAUCACUAAGGAUCCCACUGUAAGUCUUGGUCCUUGAGACUCUGUGCCUGUGUGUAGAUUGCCAAGAUGUUUGUUUUGGUGGGGGAGGAUCACUGGUAAAAGCUGUUACUGCUGCGACUUACACAUGUAUGCUACAUGCAUCUCAAGACUACAUACAUUCUGCUUCCUUGGAUAGAUGCCCCUACUGCUCAGCACUUUGAAGCAGGCGAAGUAAUGGGUUCAGAUUCUUAGUGUCUGUUUUAGAGACUGGAGUGUAUUUGGAAGGCAGCUGAGCCUCCAGUGUAGUUUUCUCCAAGAUAAGCUUAAUUCUUGUAUACCAAAACCACCCUGCAAACUGAACCAAAGUUCAGCAAAGGAGAAUGAUUGGUAAUUUAGAACAGCACUAUUGUCUCAAACCAAAAUGCUAGUAGAGGCUAGAACUUGAACUAUUCCCCGUCUGUCCUCAUGCCGUCACAGAACUUAGUAGCUGAACACAAAUUGAAGCAACCCUCUUCUACCUUCCUCCCUUUUCCCCAACACCACUCCCCAGCAAAAAACCAAACAACCAAAAAAACCCCAAACGUUAAAAUGAAACAACUGAACAUUAAGAGGAUAUGAGUAUGUGGAAGAAAAUAUAGGAAUAAUUUUCAUCAGUGUAAAUUGAAAAAUGUGACAGUAUAAAUUGAUUAACUAAAGAUGAAACCUCUGGAAAAAUGUACAUGCAACAGAUUCCAGAUGUCUCUCCCCACAAGUUUUCUUACCAGAUGGUGGAUGAGAUCUUUCUUUCUUAAUAUGACUUUAUGUUCAAUGGUAGCACGCCAUUCAUACAAAGGAAAAAAAAAAGGGUAUUUGUGUAGAGCUUGCUUGUUGGGACAAUAUGCUUACUGUGUUCUAUGGUCAGAUGAGCACUUAUUUAUUGUAAAUAGAAUGCAUUUGAAUUACUGUUAUAUGUUGGUCUCAUUGUGUCACUUUAGGUUUUGAAAUACUAGUAAGAAUUGCCUAUGCAUUAUGCAGCAUUAUUUGAAUUAUUCAUGUGUGGCAAGUGGAGUUCUGCACUUUAAAAUGUUGCCUUGGCCUAAUGUUUAUAUUUAUGCUGUAUUUUUGUGUAAUUCUAAGGUUUUGUAGGGGGAAAAAGUGUAUUUUUUCACUGCACUGAAAUUUUUUCAGUAAGGUUGCUUUCUUUUAGAAAAGGGAACUUUAAAAUUACCCUGUCUAAAAUUCUGUGCCUGAUUAUACACUCAUGAAUGGAAAAAAAUACAAUAGUUUUAUGAACUUGAAUAGUAACAUUUAAUGUAAAAAGAAGUGCAGAGAAAUAGAAUUUUUUCAAAUAUCAUAAUACAAUGCAAAUUAGCAAAAGGUAUUACUGUUGAAUAGCUACAGUUAAAUUGAGCAAAAGAGAACAUAGUUACCAUUGAUUAUUCAUUUUAAAAGAAUACUUAAGCCCAAGUUGUUUAAAAGGAUAUUCCAGUUUUAAAAGGAAAAGAUAUUAAUGUCAUUACUCAGAUGAGCUGUUUAAAAAUAUGAUUUUAAGGACUUCCAGGAACAAUCCAUAACAGAUGGUAAGGUGGACAUCUUUUAAAGUUCUGGAUUUUCAAUAAAAAACUAUGCUGCUUUAAUUGCAACCUGGUAUGUGUUAGGAGUCAACUCACCUGUAAAAUGAUCGUGUAGAGUCUCUGAAUAAGCUGAGCUGGAAGGGAUCCUCAAGGAUCAUCAUGUCCAUCUCCUGGCUCUACAUAGCACUGUCCCCAAGGACAGGUAAAAAAUUAAUUUCAGAAGACAUUUGAAAAUACUGAUAGCAGAAUACAAAAUACUGCAAAGUAGAAAGGAGAUUGAUCUGAGGAACUUGUAAAAAGAAGAUGACAUGUCAGUGAAAUUUUAGGUGUGAAAUGCUCAGAAAAAAAGAUACAUUCCCAAGAAAUGUUCUAUUAGAUCAUGGAUGUCAUUCCUUCUAAAAGUCAUGGAGGUCCAAAACCUGACCAAGUUUCCAAAGCAGUUGCUUACAUGCUUAAUAAUACAAGCCCAGAUACUUGCUCAUGGCAUAAUUAUGUAACCCUCCACAGCUUCUAGAGCUCAGAUCCAAGAUUUAAAUCAAAAUUACCUGUAAUGGCUGCAGAGGAAACAUAAUGUAAGGGCAUUUUAUGUUUCAUCUACACUUGUCCUGUGAAACAUUUAGCACUGGCCAGAGCGGAGGCUGAAUUAGUCUGGUCCCAGUGAAGAAUUUCUGUUUUGCAUGCCCCAGACAUCAUUCCCUGUCAUGUGCCUGGUGAUGCACUGAUAACUGAGUGUAGCACAGACAUACAGUCUGGUGUGACUGAAAUGACUGAAUACAAAGUGUUUUAAAUAUCAGAUUAUUUAGAAAUUAAGCUCAUUGCUGAGACCAAUGUGUACAUUUUAAAUCACACAAUCAUAUAUCUAUUAUUAACUUCUAGAUAGUAGGACUUGGGCUUAAAUCUAUGGGGUUUAACUUCAGUGGAAAUUCUUUCUUAGAAAAUGCCCAGAAUUAGUGUUUUCCAGCCAAAAGGUUCUUUGUGGCUUCUGCAGAGGCAGUCACUUCUGCAGAAGUGAAUGCUUUAGUCAUGCCUAGACCAUCACUUCUUUAUCCAGUCAUGAGUCAUAAGUGUGUAUUGGCUUUAAUUCUGGUAUUGGUUUGUGGUUUCUCACAGGCUGAGUCUUAGUUUGGAAAUAACUGGUAAAGGAGUGGAGCUGGGAGAAGGAUGAGGAUAAAGGGCAAAUCUUACAGCAGUCUGCCUAAUGAUUCUACACAAAAUAUCUGUCCCACCCAGGUAGAUGUUGUUACGUUUGCACAGCUCUUAGACUCAAUGAUUUGGCUUAAUGACUUGAGUCAACUCAUAAAUGAAACUCAGUCAAGGCUAGGACAUAAACUGUGAGCAGCUGACAAACAAACACAGUUGUUUUACUGUGAUCUGCAUUUAAGCCAUCAGCAGCUUUCCUUGGCCAAGUGCUCCUAGGCAUAUUUAGAUACAAAAAACUGGAGAUAAGACAGCAGGAGAAGGGGCCAGUUUUGGUAAGAACUGAAGGCUGUAAACAGCAUCCUGUCUGGCCUUGUGGCUUUGGAGCUGGGUUGUGUACUCCUCUAACAACUUUUAGUGAUGAAGUUUUUAGGAAGUAUUAGCAUGUGCUCCUUACCUGAGGAUGUUUGCAUCCUUUGCUUCAAGACAAAUUUUGUUUCCCCGAAGGAGACUUCACAUCUUGCUGGAGUAAGUUUUUCUGAUGCUGAUUUGUCUGCUUGUCACCUGUUGUGCGUAAGCUCUGGUUCAUGUGAAAAUGCCUAACUGGAGUUAAUGUUGAAUUUAUCCUUCCUUUUGUACUUGUGCAGUAUCAAGGAAGAACAAUGUAUUAGGAGAAAUGGUAUAUGCGAUUUCCACUGUUCUGCUUGGUUUUGGUCAUGCUAAAUAGGAAGUCAUGUACUGCUGAAACAAAAUAAAGAGGCCUUGUGUUUACACCAA